UUAAAGACAACAUUUUUAAUGUACAGUAGUACUGUACAUGAAAAACAAACAAUACUAUAAAACAUUUUUAAUCUUGCCUUGUACCCUGUAUAGUACAACAGCUGGCAUACAGGGACUGGCAUGGAGUGAACAGGCAAGUUACUGACUGGAGGAGGGAGAGGUGGGAGAUGGUGGAGCUGAAGGAUCGUCAGCAAUAGAAGAUGGAGGCAAUGUUCCUGGUAGGUUUAUCUGGUGGUAUUGCUUCAGGAAAGAGUACAGUGGUAAACAUCCUUCGAGAAUUAGGUUGUACUGUAAUCGAUGCUGAUGUCAUCGCAAGGCAGGUGGUUAAACCUGGGACAUCGGCACAUGACCAGAUUGUACAACUCUUUGGAGUGGAGGUUCUGCUGGAGAGUGGAGAGCUGGACCGGGAGAAGUUGGGUGCCAUUAUCUUCUCUGACCCAGAAAAGAGACGGCUGCUAAAUUCAAUCACCCAUCCUCCAAUCCGCAGAGCCAUGCUUAAGCAGACAAUCUGGUACUUCCUUGUGGGGUGCAGGUACGUGAUCCUAGACAUUCCGCUGCUCUUUGAGUCCAGGAAUCUGACUCGCUACAUGAAACACACUGUUCUUGUUUACUGUGAUCCUCAGACUCAGCUAGAGCGUCUGAUGAAGAGGAAUUCUCUUUCUCAGGAAGAGGCCAGGAAACGACUGGCUGCACAGCUCCCUCUGGACAGCAAACUCCCACUGGCCGACCAUGUCAUCAACAACUCAGGAGACAGGGAGACUGCCAGACGUCAAGUCCUGCAACUGCACGCACGGUUAGAAGCCUCACGAGGUUACCUGCCAGCUCGAGUGGCUGCUAUAACAAUAGCCACAGGACUGGUAGCUUUCUUCUGGGGCCUCCUUAGGCGAUUCUGGCAUUAAAAGAAAAGAUUUAGUUCCCCUUCUCUUUAUAGGCAAAAUGACUUUAUGGCGGUGACUUGUUUUAAAUUCUCUUAAUUUUACUCAGAUGAACAAGUUUAACGCUUUUUAUCUAUUACGUACUUUUUACACCUGUGACAUUGUGCAGUCUGCCUGUACUUUUAACAGGAAGAAACAGAAAACCAUUUUACUCUAUUUUCUUUAAUUACUCCUCAGUUUCGCUUUUUUCAGACUACUUGAAUUCUGUUUUCUGCACUGGUCCCUAACACCUCAUUUUAAAGGUUAUCCCACUUAUCCAUUACAUUUUCUGUAAAUUAUUACUUCACCAAUAACCAAAGAGUCUUCUGUAUAAUAUUUUAACACCAUUUCAUGUUUUAAUAUUUAAAAUGUUAAUGUUUUUAAAUUACAAUUGUGAAUUUUAUCAUGCGGCAAAGUGAAUGUGCAUUAAAGGGAGAUCAUGCACAUAUAGAAGCUUAGAAUAACAACAUUUAGAUGUGAUAUAUAAUACAUUUUUAGAUUAUCUAUUGCUUUAAACUAAUGCCAAAUAUUCUAAUUGUUUUACUCCUUUAAUGAACAAUGUAUUAAAGCUACGUACGUUUUUUUAAAUGAAAAAAGUACUGAAGACGUGUUUGUGUGUUGAUUUUAUGAUAAAUGACAAAACUGCUGCCAUGUACUAAAAUGGUUUAAUAAAUUGCACUGUGGUUGUUGCAUAA